UCACAUUACUUUCAGUUCUGAGGAAGUGAAACUCAGACAGUCGUCACUGAGAGGUGAAAUGGCGCAGAAAGGAGUUCAGCUGGACCAGGAAACCUUCUCUUGUUCCAUCUGUCUGGAUCUACUGAAGGAUCCGGUGACUACGGCCUGUGGACACAGCUACUGCAUGAACUGUAUUAAAAACUUCUGGGAUAAAGAGGAUGAGAAGAAAAUCUACAGCUGCCCUCAGAGCAGGCAGAGCUUCACACCGAGGCCUGUCCUGCUGAAAAACACUGUGUUAGCAGUUGUACUGGAGGAAGUGAAGAAGACUAGACUCCAAGCUGCUCCUGCUGAUCACUGCUCUGCUGGACCUGAAGAUGUUGCCUGUGAUGUCUGCACUGGGAAAAAACUGAAAGCCCUCAAGUCCUGUCUUGUCUGUCUGGCCUCUUAUUGUGAGAAACACCUUCAGCCUCAUUUUGAAUUACCUGUAUUUGAAAAACACAAGCUGGUGAAGCCCUCCAAGAGGCUCGAGGAGAACGUCUGCUCUCGUCACGUUGAGGUGAUGAAGAUUUUCUGCCGUACUGAUCAGCAGUCUGUCUGUUAUCUCUGCUCUGUGGAUGAACACGAAGGCCACGACACAGUCUCAGCUGCAGCAGAGAGAGCUGAGAGGCAGAGAGAGCUCGAGGGGAGUCGACUACACAUCCAGCAGAGAAUCCAGGACAGAGAGAAAGAUUUGAAGCUGCUUCAACAGGAGGUGGAGGCUAUCAAUGGUUCUGCUGAUAAAGCAGUGCAGGACAGUGAAAAGAUCUUCACUGAGCUGAUCCGUCUCAUGGAGAAAAGAAGCUUUGAUGUGAAGCAGCAUGUCAGAUCCCAGCAGAAAAGUGAAGAGAGUCGAGUCAAAGAGCUUCAGGACAAGCUGGAGAAGGAGAUCACUGAGCUGAAGAGGAAAGACGCUGAGCUGAAGAAGCUCUCACACACAGAGGAUCACAACCAGUUUCUACACAACUACCCCUCAUUUUCAGCACUCAGUCAAUCUAAAGUCUCAUCCAGCAUCAAUAUCCAUCCUUUGCGUUACUUUGAGGAUGUGACAGCGGCUGUGUCAGAAGUCCAAGAUAAACUACAGGACGUUCUGAGAGAAAGGUGGGCAAACGUUUCACUGACUGUGACUGAAGUGGAUGUUUUAUCGCCAAAUUCACAACCAGAGCCCACGACCAGAGCUGAAUUCUUGAAAUAUUCCUGUGAACUCACACUGGAUCCAAACACAGCAUACACAGGUUGUUAUUAUCAGAGGGGAACAGAAAAGCAACAGUAAUGACAAAACAACAGUCUCAUUCUAGUCACCCAGAAAGAUUCACUGGAUGGUGGCAGGUCCUGAGUAGAGAGAGUCUGUGUGGACGUUGUUACUGGGAGGUGGAGUG